GUAUAUUCCAUGGCUUGCGUCCCAAGGGAGAGAGAUAGCGCUUGCCUUGCCAUGGAUGACUUCUCCUCCUCGCGCAAUGCGUGGAAGGGAAAGAAAAGCAGCACGGGGAUUUCGAUCGCGACGCAGCGGGAGUGGAGAAGCGAGGGCGAGGGCGAAUUUAGCUCCGGAGCCAUCAUUGGAUCAUGAAGAGCAGGGGAGGGCAUAGCUCCUGGCGGAAGAUCGUCUAUGGCGGAGUCUUGGCGCUGGCCAUCAUCGCGCUGCUGGCAAUGCGCCCGGGAUCGGAAUCACGCGACGUUGGUGAGUUCCUCCCUCGGGAGAUUAGAGGUGAAGCCAACAAGGUUGUCAAAGAGAUUGUGGAGGAGAGCGCGAUCAACAGUAGAAUUGACCAUAUCGUGUCUCUCCCAGACAACGAAUUCCUCUUCAUUGUCUCGAGAUCCUCGGCGCGAGACGAGAGGAUCGUCAAGGACCUCGCAAAGGGUCACUGUUACUUGAGAAUUCCGUCGGGACCGAGGCCAAUCGCCGCGAGGAUUGUGGACAAUCUUAGCGGUGAUGGCGGGAGGAGGAUGAUCCGGUGCCGAGCAAUCGACCAGCAGCUCCCAUUGCAAUCCCCGCUGGUCGCCACCGCCCAGAUUCAAUCCAGCGACGGCAAGAUCACUCUCGGGAGCCGGGGCCGAUCGCUGGAGCUCGUGAAUUGGAACAGGAUCGUCUUUGCGGCGCUGGCCAGGGAAGAAGAUCUUGUGCUCUUCACAAAGGGAAUUUUCUCGGUGAAGAAGGAGAAUCCCCCAAAGCACGCGAGAUGCGUCUUCUACACGGACAAUGGCGUCGCGGUCACAUACACUCGCGUGCUCGGGAUCGCCCAAGAGGUUAUUCGCUGCGAAUAUCCGCCGGGACAGGGAAUAUCUAGGGGCAGCCUGGUGUCGGUGGUUCCCGGAGAAGGUACAGGCGGCGACGCGGCGGCGCCGUCGGUGGCGGUCUACGGCGGCGCCGCCAGGGAGGGGCAAAGUGCCCGGCCGCGGCAUUUGCUAUGCGCGUGCACGAUGGUCCGCAACGCCGCCAAGUUCCUGCGCGAGUGGAUGCUCUACCACUCGCACCUUGGGAUCGAGAAAUUCGUUCUCUACGACAACAACAGCGAGGACGGGCUCGAGGAGGCGGCGGCGGAGCUGCGGAAUCGCGAUGGAUUGGCGGUGGAAAUCGUGCCCUGGCCGUGGAUCAAGAGCCAGGAAGCCGGCUUCUCGCACUGCGCCGCCAGCCGCAGGGACGAAUGCCAGUGGAUGGCAUUCGUGGACGUGGACGAGUUCCUCUUCCCCAAGCUCUGGCUACAUUCCGGCGCCAAAUCCACAAACGCAACCGGGACCGUCGGAUCGUCCCCUCUAGCGCGGGCGAUCGCCGCCGCCACCCGGAAUCGCUCGCAGAUGGUCGGCCAGAUCUCCUUCCGCUGCCGCGAUUUCGGGCCAUCUGGGCAGGCCACGCAUCCAACGGCGGGGGUCACGCAGGGGUACACGUGUCGCGUGGUCAAGGAGCAGCGCCACAAGUCACUAGUCCGGCUGGAGGCCGUUGACCGGGGACUGGUCAACGUGGUCCACCACUUCACGCUGGGUCAACGCUACGCGACCGCGAGGAUGCCGUCGUGGAAGGGCGUGGUCAACCACUACAAGUUCCAGGCGUGGGACGAGUUCAAGCAGAAGUUUGAGAGGCGGGUGUCGGCGUACGUGAGCGAUUGGAAGGAGGAGCGCAACAUCAAGUCGCAGGAUCGAACGCCCGGGCUGGGGAGCAAGGCGGACAAGCCCGCCGACUGGGAGCGCCGCUUCUGCGAGGUCCAAGACACCGCGCUCCGGGAUUACAUUCUCAAAACCAUGGCUUCUCCGGACAAGUUGGAGCUUCCCUGGCAGUCGUAGUGAAGAGAUGGUUUCUACUAUAGGCUUUUGACACAUUCUAUACCAUCGCCCGAGAAACCCGUGAGACGAGCUUGACUCCUUGCUUGAUGCGUCAGUACAGUCGGUUGGGUGGUCGAAUCGCGAUUUUGAAAGUUUACUUUUCAGGUUGAAGUUCUCAUCAUUCAAGCGGUUGCGCAGUCGUUUCGUCACCAUCUCGGAAAACACUGCCCGCCUCGAGCACUGCAAAGCAUAUUUCGGCCAACGUAACAACUUCCACGUUUCCACUUUUCCACACAAUGAGUUCCAUUAUUUUUAGCUUGGACGAGGGACCAAAUCGAUCGUGAUCGAUCGUGAUGAGCACCAUCUCGAUCGAAUCGGGCAGAAAAAGCCGGAAUCGCAAGCGAAGAAUCGUUCGCACUCAGAGGCGGACGAUCUCGAGAGCUUCGACGGCCUCGGCGAUAGCGAGCUGGAAACGUAGCGAGAAAACUAGCUUGGAGCUCUGCAAAUCGACUCAAGCUCUUCUUGAGCUAAGGCUGUCAUUCACAUUCAGUUGACUGAAGGAUAGACAUGAAGCCUUAGUUUUACCCCUC